UUACAAAUUGUAUCUAGAAGUACUGUCUUUAAAAUUUCUAUUAAAAUUUAAACAAUGUACAGGGAACUACUUAAUAGAAUUAGAAUUAAAUUAUUUUCUAUAAUUUAGUUAAUAUGACUAUAUCUCCAGGUUAAUUUAAUAAUUAUGUGUGGAAAAAAAUCAGCUCUUGUUUUAUACUCUGUGACUAAACUCACUAGUCUUGUAAAAAAAUAUGUUUCAGAACAUCUCUUUCAAGUAUCAGUUUCAUUAAGUGUUGCAGUUAGUACAACAAUAAUUUUAGUUUUUGGAAAUUUUUGGAAGAGAAAAAAAUUUCCUAAACAAUCAGCGCCUGUUAUUAAACAUUUGAUUUAUGAAAGGCAGAAACCAAAUGUUGAUAUAAUACCUUCAGUAUCUAGUUUCAGAAUUUUUAGAACUAGUCAUAGAUCACUAAGUCCUAGUAUUAAAUCUAAUCGACAAGCCUCUGUUAUUUCAUCAGUUCAAGAUUCACCUAAUAAUAAAUCUGAUGUUAAGUACACAGCGCCUCAACAGCUUGGAGUAAUGGGAAUGGAAUCAUUAGCUUGCAGUAUAUCAUUUUGGGAGGAUGCUUUAUCUGCAUUUACAACUGGAAAUUCAACUAAUAAGCUAAUGUCUACAGAAGACGCACAGUUUUGCAAGGAACUUCAACUACUUGUAGAUUCAGCAUAUUCAUUGCAAGAUCAGUGUCAAUUGCUAUUUCUUGAUCAAAGGUCAGUGUUAUUUCGAGUUCAUCGAAAUGGAGAUGUUGAUCUUUUACAAAACUAUAAUGAACGCCGUUCAUCUGUUGACAGCUUUGUAUCUGCUCGUACAGAUGUAGCUAACUUAAAAGAAUUUGAAGAACUCAACUUUGAUAAUUAUUAUCUUUAUCAGAUUGCUUUAAGGUUUGCCGAAAACAACACUAUUCCUUGCAGGACCUACCGCACAACUUUAGUGAAUUGCGUUUCAGAUAAAGAAUAUGUCUGUAAAUUAUACUGCAUUCGUCUAGCAUUUGAAAAUUUAUUCAAAACGGACUUUAGUUCUAUUUGGUUUGCAGAUUGCGGAAGACGUAUAUUGACAGAUAUCUUUUUAUUUGCUGAAAAAGAUCCUAAAGAUUUUUUGUUAGCUUUUGAAGAAAUGUUAUGUUGGGCAAAAACAGAAUCACACUGGAAAGAUGCAGAAGCUGAACUGUCUUCACGUGGGGUUAAAAAAAUGACAUUUUACGAUAUAGUAAUGGAUUACAUAUUGAUGGAUGCUUUUGAAGAUCUUGAAUCUCCCCCAGCCUCCGUUAUAGCUGUAAUUCAAAACAGAUGGUUAUCUAAAGGCUUCAAAGAAACUGCAUUGUCAACUGCAGUAUGGUCAGUAUUACGUGCAAAACGAAGUAAAUUGAAAUAUCCUAAUGGGUUUAUGCAUCACUUUUAUAAUAUUUCUGAGCAAAUGUCACCACUACUUGCAUGGGGAUUUUUAGGACCAGAUGAAGAAUUAACGCGUAUUUGCUUAUAUUUUAAGGAUCAAGUUAUUGAAUUAAUGCGUGAUAUGUUCAACUUUGAAAAAUGUCGGUACACAACCAAGGAAGAGUUGGCACAUGAUUUAUUUGAUCAAUUUAAAAUCAGGGCUGAGAAUAUCAGUAAAAUGAUUGAAGUAAAAUGCAAUAUGGAUAUUAGGAAAUAAUAUUUGUUAUAUUUUUUCUAUAUUAUGUUGUUCAUACUAGGUUGUAAUGCACUUAGUCAAAAAUUAAGGUGCUGUUUUAGAGUCAAUUUUUUUUUCUUAUCCAACAACUUUAUUAAAGUUAGUAUUUCAUAAAUUAAUUUGUUUAUUUAUAUACAAUAGUGUAUAAGAAAAAGAAUUUUUUUAUGUGACAAUUUAAGUAAACAAUUAAAUAUAGAAUUUUUGGAUAUAUUAAUAAUUUAAAAACUUACAAAAUUGUCACAUUAUAAUUUUUGUUUUGUAUUUUAAAAUGGCAUAACCAUAAAUAGCUGUCAGGCAAUUUAUGUAAAGGGUAUGAUGUUAUAUUUAUUUAUUUUUAAGUAUUAAUUAAUAAGUUAUUAAUUCUCCUAGAAUUGCAUUGUUCAAAUUUAAUAGAAUUUAUACAUUAUAUAACAUUAAAUUGUCUUUGUUUAUAUAUUUAGAUUAACAUUUAGUAGUAUUUAAUAAUUGCUGAUUAUUAGGAUGGUCCUUAUUUGACCAAAUUUAAAAGUUCAAUGAUAUUUACUCUCUAAAUUUUUUUAUUUGGUCAAUAAAAGUCAUCUAGGUCAUUUAGAGUCAUCUAGGUGAUUGUUAUAUACUUUAAAUGGGUAGAAAUACAGCUUGGUGUAUGUUACUUUUUAAAUAUUAAAGAUAAUGAGAAAGUGUAUAUAAUUAA